UCCCCUCCCUCGGUCGUCCUCCUGUUCCCCCAACUGGGGUCGCUACAGGGGGCGCCCCGCCGGACCAGCUCGACGGCGUUGGCGAGUGGAUAAGAGGCCGCGCCCGCGUGCUCUCUCCCGUCCCCUGGAACCCUAGCCACCCACUACCCCCCAGAUCCAGAUCCACCUCUCCCCUCUCGUCUGGCUCAAUUUUGAGCUCGCAAACUCACAUGGUCGAGGCUUCCCCGCCGUCGUUGACGUGUCCACCAGCCUCUCCGGCGCUCGGGAGCACGUCCUGGGGGUUCGUCGUGUUCGUCCACGUCCGUUCAGGGCAUUGGAGCAAGGCGGGAAGCUGCGUGGAUGGAGCCGUCGACCUCUUCUUCCUCCUCUCAUCUCCGCCGCGUACAUCACCGGCCGUCGUCAUCGACUACCCCGAGCUCCGACGCCUCCCUGACUCCACCUCGCGCACACUAUUGCACGCCUACAGGGCCGACCUCGAGACCGCCGUUGUUACCCCCAUGAUCGACUACAUCGACAAUGAUCCCUCCUUCUUGCCAGAGCAACCAGGGAUUAAGAACUAG